ACACACACAUCUGCUUAUUACUGUCACUAGACUAGAAAUCAGAGCUCAGCUUCUGCUUGCUGUCACUAGACGAGCUAUUCGAGCUCAGUCGCGCAUGUGAAAUAGGUCGCCAAGCUUGAUCAAGCAAGCGCAUCUCGGGAUCUCGAGGUAAUGACAAGCCAGCGCGCUGUGAAGUCAGUUAGCUUCUCACACCCUGCCAGUCCCGCUGGAGGCGCGCAAACGGAGCGCACAGCGCUGCUCAGCAGCAAUGGAAACAGCGCAUUCUAUACAUGGAGUUCGCGCUCCGCGCCAGUCAGUCCUGGCACGACGUCUCCCAUGAAACGGACCAAACAAGACCGUCAAUUACGCAUCAGCAAGUCAUUUGCUAGUAUCGCGCAAGCAGCCCAGCAGCAAGGGUAUUGCUUGCAACAUGACAGUAUUCUCGAAAAGAAUCGUACAUUCUAUGACAACUACAUGGCUGUGGACUGGCUCGGCAAUGGCAUAGCUGAUGCUCGACGGCUUGAUGCAUUGCGUGCCGACCGUUCUGUGCGCGGAAGAGCUCGCUAUGCUUGGGAUGCACUACAAGGAUGGCUAUUGAUGCUUGCGAUCGGUAUUCUCACAGCAUUGAUUGCCUAUGCAGUGAUGAUGAGCGAAGUUGCUCUCUACUCGCUCAAGAGCGGUUACUGCACAACGCCUGAUGGCUUUUUCCUCCGACAGAGUGCUUGUCCUGAAGGACUUUUCCACUACUGGAGCGAUCAUGCUGCAAAACAAUUCUUCAUCUACCUCAGUAUCUGCCUCGGCUUGGUCUUCAUCAGCAGUAGCUUAACCAUGACCACCCUGACCGUCUUUCCAAACGGCAAAACUAUAUACAUGGCAGCGGGCAGUGGCAUCCCUGAAGUCAAGACGAUUCUCAGUGGUUUUGUCAUCCAUGGAUAUCUCGGUUUUCGCGUACUCGCAGUCAAAUGUAUUGGUCUGACACUCGCUGUAGCGUCUGGCUUACCACUCGGCAAGGAAGGUCCAUUCGUUCAUCUUGCAUGCUGUGUCGCUAAUGUCUUGACGCGAUUUGUCCCAAAAUUUCACGAAUCAGAUGCCAAGCGACGUGAAGCACUCUCUGCUGCAUGCGCAGCGGGCGUAGCAGCUGCGUUUGGUGCACCCAUCGGCGGUGUUUUGUUUGCACUGGAGGAAGUGUCGUACUACUUCACACCCAAAGUCAUCUGGCGAUCCUUCUUCUGCAGUGCUAUCACAGCCAUUGUCUUGAAAUCGCUCAAUCCACAUGGUACAGGCAAGUUGACACUGCUAGAGACGACCUUCUCCAAGGACUGGCACUAUAGAGAGCUCCCCAUCUUCGUGCUCCUUGGCUGUUUCGGCGGACUCUUUGGUGCGCUCUUUUGCAAUGCGAAUCUGGCAUGGUCUCGCCAUUUUCGUCGACAUGCCUUGGUCGCUAGGCAUCCGAUCAUCGAGGUGUUGACUGUGACGCUCCUGGCCACGGCUGUCAGCUACUGGAAUCGGUUUACACAGAUGGGUGGAGUCGAGCUCGUGGAUGAUUUGCUGACUGAAUGCGUUGAGAUGGUUCCAUCGCCCCUUUGCCCGUCGACCACAAGCGACUUUGGUCCUAUCGUUCGUGCACUUUCUUAUGCCCUGUUCAUCAAAUGCGUGCUCACCGUCAUCACAUUUGGGUGUCGGAUCCCGGCAGGUAUCUUUGUGCCUACCAUGGCAGUCGGCGCGCUCUUCGGUCGUAUCUUGGGGAUUUCUUUACAGCAACUCGCUUUGAGCAGCCCAAAUUUAGCACGCCUAGGUGGUCUUUGUCCGAUUGGUGGUGCAGGGGAUUGCAUUGUGCCGGGUAUCUACGCUAUGAUUGGCUGUGCAGCAACACUUGCAGGUGUCACACGUAUGACUGUAUCCCUUGCUGUGAUCAUGUCUGAGCUGACGGGGUCGCUUGACUUUGUCGUACCGUUUAUGCUCGCCAUUCUGGUCGCCAAAUGGGUUGCCGAAAGCAUUCAGCCACAAGGGAUCUAUGAUUUGCUCAUUGAACUCAAUGACCAUCCUUACCUCGAUGCCAAAAGUCACCACUACCAGUUGCAAAACGCAGAGUUGGUUGACUUGUUGCCGAGUCAGGAUAUCAUGCUUCGCACUGCAAUCGACGUCACACAGUCAUCUACUGUUCGAGCAAGUCAGUUGCGACAACAAAUCCUGUGGAGUCGCGAGGCAGGACUAGAUGACUCUGGGUUCAGUAUUGUCAAGGCCGGGGAGCUGGUCGGGUAUAUCGCGCUGGCAGACUUGUCGCUUGCAUUGGAUCUCCUACCAGCUCAACAGAUGCAAUUCAAGCCAGCUGGCCAUACGAUUGAUCAAGGCUUGACUGAUGAAGACGAAUUUUCAGGGGACAUGCCUAUUCUUAUCGACCCAACAGUUACACGCCGCCCACACUCGCGACCUCCAGCAGAUCCGGCGGCUCCGUUUUCAGAUGUGCUGAAUGAAGCCUCAACGACUCGCCAUGCGGAUUUGACGACCUUGGUGGAUCGCUCGCCAUUGACGCUACAAUGUGAAGCACCGCUAGAGCUAGCACUCGAGAUGUUUAGCAAGCUUGGACUGCGCUAUUUGUGUGUGUUGGAUGGUAGCGAGUACCGUGGCACCAUUCAUAAGCGACGAUUUUUGCGCUUCUUGAAUGACCUCGGGCAUCGGGCAUGAGGCAAUGAACACUUUAAUGGUAUAGAGAAAGAAGAAGAUUGCUAGGGCAUGUUGCACAUCGCAGGGAAGACUGGUAGAUAGUGCAAUCGUUUAAACCUUGGAUUGGAAUGGAAUGUAGCUUUGGGC